AUGGAGACAAAGGACUUUCAAGAAAGUCUGAUGGAGUACCUAAUGCACCUGCACCUAUUAAGGGCAAAUACUCAGAAGGAACAUGGUUCAUCUGAAAAGUGGGAAGAUGUUCAGAGGAAGGAUCAGGAAGAAGGAACUGAUAGAGAACACAAUGAUAGUGAUAAUGAGCGAAUAUACGUUCCCCGUCGCUGCGCCAGCCACGCGAGCCUGCCCGCCCGCGUACGCACGCUGUCCGCGUUCCGCGGCCGCCUCCAGCGCGUGCACCGGCUCUCCGCCGCUGUCGAAGAUACGUUUCCCGUCGCUGCGCCAGCCACGCGAGCCUGCCCGCCCGCGUACGCACGCUAUCCGCGUCCCGCGGCCGCCUCCAGCGCGUGCACCGCGCUCUCCGCCGCUGUCGAAGAUAUGUUUCCCGACGCUGCGCCAGCCAAGCGAGCCUGCCCGCCCGCGUACGCACGCUGUCCGCAUUCCGCGGCCGCCUCCAACGCGUGCACCGGCUCUCCGCCGCUGUCGAAGAUACGUUUCCCGUCGCUGCGCCAGCCACGCGAGCCCGUCCGCCCGCGUACGCACGCUGUCCGCGUCCCGCGGCUGCCUCCAGCGCGUGCGCUCUCAGUCUCCUCCCGCUGCUGUUCCAGGUCCUGA